UUUGUUUAAAGUGGUGGGGUUGGCGGUUUCCAUCUUAUCUCCAUUGAUGCCAUCAGUAGAGAUUUCUGAUAUGGUUGAUGAGUCCAAAGGACAACAUCAGGUUGACAAUGCUAAUGGAUUAAUCGAAAAUUCCCCAAAUCCCCUCUCCCCCCUCGAUUGUGAUGAGAAGCCUACCAAUGGGGCUGAUGAUUCAGUGACAGACGAGAACGACGACGAUAGCAGGAAGCUGUUUGUCGGUGGUCUAAGCUGGGAAACAAAUGAAAAUGAUUUAAAGGAAUAUUUCUCUCGUUGGGGAAAAGUUACCCAGUGCAUCAUAAAACUGGACAGGUUCACAGGGAAUUCAAGAGGGUUUGGUUUUGUUACUUUGGAAAAUGAAGACUGUGUCUCAAAAGUAUUGUCUAUUGUUUGUUUGACUUUGUAGGUUCUCAGUGUCCCUGAGCAUUGGUUAAAGAAUAAGAAAAUUGACCCUAAAAAAGCGAAACCUUCUCGAGAACCCUUAAAAAAGAUUUUUGUUGGUGGUAUUGAUCCAGAAGUAACGGAAGACCAAAUACGUGAAUACUUUAGCAGUUUUGGAAAGGUUAGUCAACACAGUUUAAUAGAGACCUCGAUAGGUUGAGUCAUUAGACUUGCCUUAUGACACUCAAAAAGGGAAAAGGAAGCAUUAUAUAUUCGUUAGUUUUUCCACUGAAGCAGCUGCCAAAAAAGCUAUUUCAAAGGAGCGUCAAGAUAUUUUCGGUCGACAGGUAUGUCGUUUAUUAGUUAAUUGGUAACAUAAAAUUCCAUCUAUCAAAACUAAACGAUGAAUUCUUUCUUUAGUGUGAUGUUAGGGUUGCUGUCACACGAGAUCAAGCUAACAGACAAAAAGGUUUGUCCGGAAUUCUAGUUAUUUCGUUUUAGUAGCUCUGAAGCAAUGGUAUAACUGGUUGGACCCCAGCUUCUCUUAUCCAGGAUAUGCCUAUGGUGACUACGCAAACGCUUACCCUGGCUUUGACCCUUUUACGUACGGCUAUUAUGGAUAUGAUUACUACGGAAGCGCAGCAGCAGCUGCUGCUGCAACGGGUUAUGGGGCAUAUACCAAUCUAGCUGCUAAUCAGUUUUGUGGAGUAAUUAAUCCCAACAAAGUAAAUCAAAGUAUCCGUACUCCUGCUGCAGCACCAGGAGCUGCCACACGUAUGAUUGGUAGUGGCACGACUGGAACAAUUGGUGCGAACUCCCAUCAAACCCAAUCUCACACACAUCUAAAUUACACAAACUUACUUACUUCCCAGCUAGAUCCACACCAUACAACGAUGUCCGCUGGCCUAGAUUUCUCUGUAGCACAUCCUCAACCCGGUCAAGGCAUGGUUGCUGGAUCAGGUGCUACCCGGUUUUCCCAUCCUCAAUAAGCCAUAACAUAACUUUUCAAAGUAAAAAACCAGAAUAACUCAGUGCAAAGCCUGUUUAUUCAAGUUAUUUAGAAAGACUACUGUCAUUAAUUUGUAUUCAGUGAUUUAUUCAAGGCAUAUAUAUGCUGGGCUUCUGUGAAUAACUGCAUAUUUUGUGAGUGGUAGCAGUAAUAACCUACGAAUCGGAUCAGUUCAUAUCGUUACAUUGUGCCUAGUCUGCUAAGUAAGUAUGACUUAUCUCGUUGCUCAAUAUCAUCCUUGAUGCGUUUAUUUCCCUUCAUUUUUACUUGUUUUGUUUGAAAGUUAAUGCGACUAAUACGUACGUAUUCACACAUGCGUAUGUACUAUCUGAAAUUCAGUUGUUUAUAAAUUCACUUUAUUGUGUUUGAAAUCUCCCUUAUCGAUCAGUUAGCUUUAGUGUGGUCUCUGUUUUACCCAAGUAUUGUUUAGAAACAACUUCAAGAAUGUGUAUAUUUAGUAUUUGUGUACAUAAAGACACUACAACACAUUUGUUGCUGUUAUUUUUUAAUGCAAUGAUUACUUUUAGAAAUCCUCUUUUCCUUGUAUCCCCAACUCUUGUACAUUGUUUCCUUUAUAUUUUUUGAAAUUAACGAACAUUUUUCAUCUAAUUUCUAACUUCAAAAAGCUGACGAUUGUUAACUUGCAUAUUUGAUUUGUAUAUUUCUUAAGUUGUUACUAUAGGCAACAUAUAAUCUUGGCCGAAUUUUUGUGGAUAAAGUGAAAGCGUUAACAUCUGUUUUUAUAAAUUUUUAUACAUAUAUUUAUGCUUAAAUUCCCGGUACGAUUCGGACUGACUCCAUUUUUGAAUGACUGAUCUAAAAUCACAAAUAUCUUGAAUGUAUACAGAUUGGACAUACGGAAGUACUUUUUUCUAUAUUUUGUGAUUGAUGCACUGAUCGAAUUAUGAUGCUUAUGAUGUUAUUGACUGUCCACUGGUUAUUUUUAUUUGUAUACACUCACCUAUUGUGCUUCCGUAAAUUCGUGAUACACUA